AUGGGACAUUCCAAGUUGUCCUACCUAGCGACCAUUCUAUUCACAGGCUAUGCAGGUGCGAAUCUUGCGUACAAGUCAAGGCCCGACCUCGCCGCGCCGGUUUUAAACAUCACUAUCCCAGCAACAAAUGAAACAGCCGAUGGUCUGAUUUUUUACACGCCUGAAAGCAUCUAUGCGGAUAACACCGGCCAUGGGCCCGCACAAUCGGGUCCAUAUAUCUUCACCGACAAAGGAGAUCUAGUAUGGACCGGCUUUGGUUAUGUCGGACCUCGGAGCGAAAACUUCCUGGUCCAAAAUUACAGAGGACAACAGGUCCUGACGAUCUUUGAAGGCUCUCACAAUUCGCCCAUGGGCCAUGGACAUGGCCACACUAGCAUCUUCGAUAACAAGGUGGGGGGGCACAAACUCGCCGAUCAGCACGAGUUUCUCAUUUUCGAUAACCAUUCUGCUGUCUUUACUGUUUAUGAUCCUGAGAUCGCUGAUCUCUCGGCAUACGGAGCGAAAUCGGAUUCUCAGCAAUGGAUACUGGACAAUAAAAUACAGAAGGUGGAUACUGAUACGAAUCGCGUUCUCUGGGAAUGGAGUUCUCUCGAACAUGUCGACCCUGCAGGAACCAACCUGACCCUGCAAAGCGGAAACGCAGGCACGGGUGUGAACUCGAGCCAGGCCUGGCAUUACUUCUAUAUGAAUGCUUUUGAUAUAGACGUGGAAAGAAACCAAUAUCUUCUCUCUGCCCGAAGUAUGUGCACGAUCUUCAAGAUGGAUGGCGACACGGGAAAAAUUAUCUGGCAACUUGGUGGCCCGAAUUCGAAUUUCUCUCUUGGAGAUGGGGUGGAAUUUUGUUGGCAGCACGAUACCAGGAUGCAUCAGAAAUAUCUUCAGCAUGAGACGAAAGGAUCGAAGGAAAUUAUUUCUUUCUUUGAUAAUUCUGCCCAUGAAAAUCUCGCCGGUGGACCAGAUCUAAAAGCUCGCGCGUAUAGUGCCGGAAAGGUUGUUGAGUUGGAUACUGAAAACUGGACUUCGAAGCUUCUUGCCGAAUUCAGAGCACCGGGGGAUCUUUCUGUUCGAUCACAGGGGAAUUUGCAAUUGCUUCCGAAUGGAAAUGCGUUCAUCAACUGGGGCUAUGAUGGGGCCAUGUCAGAACACACGCCUGAUGGCUCGACAAUCUUCUUUUCCGGCAUGGACUCUGGAAAGCUUGGUCCCGGGUCAGAGAAUUAUAGGGCUUUCAAGUUCGACUGGCAUGGUCAGCCCUAUGAGGAGCCUGCUUUGGUCGCAUUCAAGGAAUCGAAUGGGACGGCUUUGUAUAUCAGCUGGAACGGAGACACGGAGAGUAAGGUGUGGAAGUUCUUCGGGGAAGAUGCAAAGGGACAAAAAAUGCUACUGGGUCAAGCGAAGCGGACUGGGUUCGAGACUGGCUUCCGCACUUCCCACAAACCUAUUCGUGUGGUAGCCGAGGCAUUUGAUGUCCGAGGUCACCGAUUGGUGUCCUCUUCGGUUGUCAAAACAAGGGAUUACAAGCUACGGCUUGAAUAUUCUUGA